AUGUCAAUAAAUUCACGAUUCUCUGAUGCAAGGGAAAUUUUAAAGGACUUAUGUCUUUUAUCACCUGAAAGAUUAUUAAAAUGUUCUAAAGAAAAAAAGCCACUUCCAGUAGAUUGUUUUAAUUAUAUUUCUAAUUGGGCAAAAGGUAUUGAUACAGCAAGUUUAAGAUUAGAAUAUAUCCAAUUUAGUAGUAGUUUAAGUGAGUUACUAACUGGAUUAAACUUGACUACUAAAUCACAUGGGGAUAAUAAUGAGUCCAAAUACAAUGAGCUACUCAAUGCAAACAUUAGCAGUGAUGACGAUGAUGAAGAAAUUAAUGACAUUUCUUUUGGCGAAGGAACAAAAAAUGUAAUUAAUAUUGAAUCCAUUCUUCAUGUAUUUUCUAAUUACACUUUAGUGCCUGCUUUUCCAAACUUAUAUCAAGCUUUUAAAGCACUUGGUACAAUACCAGCAUCGUCUGCAUCAGCUGAACGUUCUUUUUCAAAGGUCAAAUUGAUAAAAACAAGACUGCGAUCCACAAUGCAACAGGAAAGGUUAGAAAGCCUGAUGUUGAUAAGCUGCGAAAAAGAUAUUUCCAUUGGUAUCAAUGAAGUUCCUAAAUAUUUUUAA